GAAGUUUCUCUGUCUGAGUUUCCGUUCCUCUAGCGUAUCCAGCAACGACGUUAGGGGCGAGUGAACAUUGAAAGCCAGCGACGUAAAUUAGAUUUUAAACAGAAACAAUUUCCCCCCUCUAACUACCCGGUCCCCCCUGUCCUCCCCUUAUGGCUUCGAACUCGAACAUAGACAUAGAGGACGCGACGCAGCACCUUCGGGACAUCCUGAAGUUGGACCGACCCGGGAAUAGCGGCGAUGCACCCCCGGUAGAGGGGCAGAAGAAGGCGUCGUUCAACGGCGAGCUGAAUGGGCUGUUCGGAGCAGACCUCCUGGGCGCGGGAGACCGAGUCGCCGCGGGUGAAACUCACAAUCCGGAGCUCAUGGAUCCGCAGGAAAGACAGACCAUCCUUCUGUCAGGUGACGACAGCUCCACCUCCAUCGCCAUCUCGUCCAAUGAUGUGGAGAUUGUGGCCAGCCAUGACUCCAGCAUCAGCAGCAAGGCCAGGGGCAGCAACAAGGUCAAAAUCCAGCCCGUGGCGAAGUACGACUGGGAACACAAGUAUUACUAUGGCAACCUGAUCGCCGUGUCCAACGCCUACCUGGCGUACGCCAUCAGAGGUGCCAACAGCUACGCCAUGAUCCGCGUGCUGAGCCUGAGCGCGGCCGAACGCACGCUGCUCAAGGGCUUCGUGGGCGGAGUCACCGACCUGGCCUUCGCGCACCUGGACUCCACCCAGCUGGCCUGCAUGGACGAGGCCGGCAACCUCUUCGUCUGGCAGCUCACCAGCCGCGACGGCAAGAUCCUUGAUGAGGUCGUCGUGCACAUCCGGCGGCCGGAGGACACGCCCCUCAACUCCAACCGGAGGCUGAUCUGGUGCCCCUUCAUCCCGGAGGAGAACGAGGAGAACCCGGAGGACGCCUGCCAGACUCUGGCCCUGCUCCACGAGGACAGGGCGGAGGUGUGGGAUUUGGACAUCCUCAGAGCCAACAGCAGCACCUGGCCCGUGGACGCCACGGACCUGACAGACGGCUUCAUCACCGUCAGGGGCCACUCUGCGCGCAUCAGUGAAGGGGCCCUGUCUCCAGACGGGACGGUCCUGGCCACAGCCAGUCACGACGGCUACAUCAAGUUCUGGCAAAUCUACAUCGAAGGACAGGACCAGCCCAGGUGCCUGCACGAGUGGAAGCCCCACAGCGGGAAGCCUUUGUCCUGCCUCCUGUUCUGCGACAACCACAAGAAGCAGGACCCGGACGUUCCUUUCUGGCGGUUCCUGAUCACCGGAGCGGAUCAGAACCGCGAGCUGAAGAUGUGGUGCACAGUGUCAUGGACCUGCCUGCAGACCGUCAGGUUCUCCCCAGACCCCUUCAACUCGUCCGUGAUGCCCAGCCUGAAGGCCAGCCUGGACCUGUCGGCCGAUUACCUCAUCCUCAGUGACGUGCAGAGGAAGGUCCUGUACGUGAUGGAGCUUCGGCAGGACCAGGAGAAGGGGCGAGCCGGGUUCACGGCCGUGUCCGAGUUCCUGCUCACGCACCCCGUGCUCAGCUUCGGCAUCCAGGACGUGAGCCGCUGCCGCCUGCGCCACACCGAAGUGCUUCCCCCCGAGGAGGAGAGCGAGAGCAUGACCACAGAAGGAAGUCAGGGCCCAGUGGAGUCUAAAGCAGGCGUCCAGAUCAAGCUCUACUGCGUCCACACAAAGUCCCUCCAGGACGUGCAGAUCUGGUUCCAGCCACAGUCGGGCGCAGGGAGCACCCUGGUCCUGCCGCAGGCCACCUCCCAGGACGACUUUGCUUUCUCAGAUCACCUGACGGACGUGAGCGUGGAGGGCCUGGGCUCGGAUAAGGAGUCGGGCCGCAGUUCCCAGAAUGACCUGCAGGGGAUGCCGGCCCUGCCGGCCCCGGCUGACUUCCUGUCCCCCAUCAGCGAGUCCAAGCCCAAACUCAUGACCCCCGACGCCUUCAUGACCCCCAGUGCUUCGAUCCCAGCCUCUCCCGGCAGCAGUGCCAGCAGUCUCACUGUGGUGACGGCCAUGAGCAGCAACUCAGACAGCGGCGGGGCCAGGGGCGGAGACGAGCUGAUCCAGAGCCCCAAAAUCUCCCUGGAUUCCAGCAGCAGCACCAUGACGCUGAGCUCCACCCCCUCCGGCAGCUCCCGCACCAGCACCAUGCUGAUCCCCGGCCUGGGAGACCAGCUGCCUGUCAAUAACCUGCAGACGCUGUCCUCUCCGAACCCGCCCCUCUCGCUGGACCUGCAGGUGAUCGAGCCGCUCCUCGUUCCCCAGUCCUCCCCCACCCGGGAGCGCUCUCCGGACGUCAUCUCCUCCGCCUCCACCGCCAUGUCCCAGGACAUCCCCGAGAUCGCCUCGGAGACGCUGCAGCGCGGGCUGGGCGCGGCGUCGGGCGCCUCGUCGCUGUCGUCGGGCGCGGCGGCGGCGGCGGCGGGGGGGGCGGAGCCUCACGCGGACAGCAUGGCGUCGGCGGCGACCGCCCUCCACCUGCUCUCGCCCCGGAACCGGAACGGCUCGGACCCGGCCCGCCUGUCGCUGGAGCUGGGCGGCGCCGGCGAGGGCGAGCGCCUCCGCUCCACCCCCUCCCUGCUGGAGGCCGCCCUGUCGCAGGAGAGCGCAGCCGCCGCAGCCGCCUGCGCAGACGGCGCCGUCAGCCAGCCCUGGCCCGCCGCCCCCGACAUCACCCGGGAAACACGCAACAGCCUGAGAGACAACAGCCUGGUGGAGUGCUGCAGGGAGGAUUUGAAGGAGAAGCACAAGUCUUCCCCCUACCACAGACACACCUACAGCCUGCCCCACAACGACAGCCAGGACGCCAGCGCGGAGCAGAGUGACCAUGACGACGAGGUGGCGAGUUUGGCGUCCUCCACGGGGAACUGCGGCUCCAGGUCGUCCCACCGCCUGCCCGUGAAGGACUGGAAGGUCUCGCCCCGCGCCUCCCCCAAACUGAAGAGGAAGAGCAAAAAGGACGAUGGAGAUUCGUCGCAGUCCCGGCACCCCGAACACCAGAUGAGCCCGGAGCUGCAGGGGGAGCUGCUCAUGCUCCUGAGGAGCCAGCAGAGGGAGCUGGCCGAGCUGCAGCAGAGCCAGCUGGACCUGCUGCACCGGCUCACCGGACACAUGGACUCCGUGCAGAGCUCCAUCAUGGCCCACGUGGAGCAGGCCAUCAUCGCCCAGCAGGAGCAGGACCAGCGCAGGAUGGACCGCAUGGUCACCGAGGGGCUGGAGCGCAGCCGGCAGGUGCAGGAGACCCUCUCCCAGCAGCUCUCCCAAACCCUCACCAGCACGCUGUCCAACCGCCUGGACAAGGUGCUCCGCGACGAGAUGAAGAAGACCGUCCCCCAGACGAUCUCCAAGAGCCUGGAGCCGGUGACGGGUCAGCUGAGCAGCACCAUCGCCGCCAAGCUGACCGCCGUGGAGGGGACGCUCAAGGAGAACGUCUCCAAGGUGGUCAAGAGCAAGAACACGACCGACGCGAUUGGCCGGGCGGCGGCCGACGCCCUCCAGGGCCCCAUCCAGGCGGCCUAUAAGGAGGCGUUUCAGAGCAUCGUCCUGCCGGUGUUCGAGAAGGGCUGCCAGUCCAUGUUCCAGCAGAUCAACGACAGCUUCAAACAGGGCACGCACGAGUACAUCCAGCAGCUGGAGAGCCACCUGAAGAACAGGAAGCAGCGGGAGCACGACGCGCGGGACCCUCUGAUUGGCCAGCUGCAGCAGCUGGUGGACUCCUUCCAGACCUCCAGCGACCAGCUGGCCAAUAGCGUGACUGCGAGCGUGCGCUCGGAGGUCCAGCACCAGCUGCACAUGAUCGUGGGGAACCUGCAGGACUCCAUCCUGACGCAGGUGCAGCGCAUCGUGAAGGGGGAGGUGAGCAUGGCCAUGAAGGAGCAGCAGGCGGUGGUCACCUCCAGCAUCAUGCAGGCCAUGCGGUCUGCCGCGGGCACGCCCAUCCCCACCGCCCACCUGGACUACCAGGCCCAGCAGGCCAGCAUCCUGCAGCUGCUGCAGCAGGGCCAGCUCAACCAGGCCUUCCAGCAGGCUCUCUCAGCGGCUGAUCUGAACCUGGUUCUGUACGUGUGCGAGACCAUCGACUCCCAGCAGGUGUUCAGCCAGAACCCCUGCCCCCUCAUCCAGCCCGUCCUGCUGUCCCUGAUCCAGCAGCUCUCCACCAACCUGGCCACCCGCUCCGAGCUCAAGAUCAGGUACGUGCGCACGUCACAGACACGCACACGCACACGCGCACGUGCACACACAUAACAGGCGCACAUACACACACACACUCACAAGUGAAUGCACACACACACACACACACACACACACACACGUGAACGCAAGCGCACAUCCACACACGCACAUGCACGCACACGACAGCACCCCAGUCUAUCCUUAGCUGAAGUGUUUUAUUUUUGUCCUUUCAUCAAAGGUAGAGUGCGCUAUUCCUGCAUGCUGAAGUGUAGCUCCUGUCUGGCUAAUUAGCAGUAUUAAUAUUUCAUUUAUUAAACAGCACUGAAGCCAUAAAGAGCUUCUCCACCGGCCCGCCUGCCUGCCUGCCCGCCCGCCUGCCACCGCACGCACCCGUUCAGUGAGCAGGCUUUCAGACGUGCUGUUGAAGGCUUGUCCUUCAGACCCGGAGUCUGAACCCUGCCCUGUUUCUCCUCCUCCCAUCAGCCUCUCUGAACCCUGUGAGGUGUGAGGUCACAGAGGUGUGAGCAGAACGCUCCUAACUGAACGUUCUGACGCUGAUGUCACAGUCGCUCCUGGUGACUGAGGGCAGCGGAGUUCUAGAACACCGACUUAAAGAAAAAUAGAUCGUUAAAAAACAUUCCAAAAUGGCCUGGCCUUGAAAGGGUUAAGCGCGCUGAUGAGGAGCUAUUUAUGGCUGAUUUGGCUUUUUCUCGCCCGGCCUCCAAACUGUGUGCUUAGUUUUAUUGGCCUGUGCCUGAAAUGCAGGAGUUAUCUGCCACCUGCCCCCUUGUGUGUGUGUGUGUGUGUGUGUGUGUGUGUGUGUGUGUGUGUGUGUGUGUGUCUGUGUCUGUGUCUGUGAGCAUGUGUGUACGCGUGUGAGU